CUCUCUCUCUUCUCGUCCUCUCUCGCUCUCUUGUCCUUCCCAAGCCCUACUCUCUCCAGCUCCCUCCCUUUUUCUCUCUAAAACCCUCUCCCCCUCUCUCUAGAACUGACGACGAUGAAGUCGAUGCAGCCGCGGCACAACUUCUUACGGGAGACGACGGAGCCUCCGCAAUCUCCAAACCCUAGCUCCGGCAAGCCUAGGAUUCCGCGGAAGCAUAAAGCCUCUAAAGAAAACGCGCCUCCGCCUUCAGAUCUCAACUACACGACCUUCGAUUCGAAGCCUUCGCCGGCCGCCAAGAUGAAGAGUCCGCUGCCGCCUCGGCCGCCGACGUCGAAUCCUCUCAAACGGAAGCUUGAGAUGGUUCCUGAGAACUCCGUCCAUGGAUCCUCUGAUUCCGGCGUCCAGGUAAUUGUGAGAAUGAGGCCGCCCCGGAAGGACAAGGAUGAAGGAGAGAUGAUGGUGCAGAAAACUUCUAGUGAUGCUUUGUCGAUAAAUGGACAGACCUUCACAUUUGACUCGGUUGCCGACACAGAUGCAUCACAGCUAGAUAUUUUCCAGCUUGUAGGAGUACCACUGGUCGAGAAUUGUAUGGCUGGGUUCAACAGUUCUGUGUUUGCAUACGGACAGACUGGAAGUGGAAAGACAUACACUAUGUGGGGUCCUGCAAAUGCAUUGUUGGAUGAAAAUUUAUCGAGUGAUCAACAAGGCUUAACUCCCCGUGUUCUUGAGCGCCUUUUUGCUCGCAUAAAUGAGGAGCAAAUCAAGCAUGCUGACAAACAACUCAAAUAUCAGUGCCAGUGUUCUUUUCUUGAGAUUUACAAUGAACAAAUCACAGAUCUUUUGGAUCCAAAUCCAAAAAGUCUUCAGAUAAGAGAAGAUGUUAAAUCAGGUGUCUAUGUUGAGAAUCUCACAGAGGAAUGUGUACGCACAAUCAAAGAUGUGACUCAGCUUUUGAUGAAGGGGUUGUCAAACAGGAGGACUGGUUCAACUAGUAUCAAUGCUGAGAGUUCUCGCUCACAUACUGUUUUUACCUGUGUUGUUGAAUCUCGAUAUAAGAGUGUGGCAGAUGGAAUAAGCAGUUUUAAAAGAAGUAGAAUAAAUCUUGUUGAUCUGGCUGGGUCAGAGCGCCAAAAGUUAACCGGUGCAGCUGGGGAGCGUUUGAAGGAAGCAGGCAAUAUCAAUCGAUCACUCUCCCAGCUUGGGAACUUGAUAAACAUCCUUGCUGAAAUUUCUCAGACAGGAAAGCAAAGACAUAUCCCCUAUAGAGAUUCCAGGUUGACAUUCUUACUUCAGGAGUCUCUUGGGGGAAAUGCAAAGUUAGCAAUGGUCUGUGCUGUUUCUCCAACUCAAAGCUGCAAGAGUGAGACUUUCAGUACAUUGAGAUUUGCUCAGCGUGCAAAGGCUAUCAAGAAUAAGGCAGUAGUUAAUGAAGUAAUGCAGGAUGAUGUGAAUCACUUGCGUGAGGUUAUACGACAAUUGAGGGAUGAACUACAGCGGAUCAAAGCAAAUGGGAAGAUUGCAGUUGAUACAAAUGGAGGUCAUUCAGCUGCGUGGUUUCGCCAAAGCUUGAAUAUACUAAGGGCUAGUCUUAACCGUCCUAUGAUGUCAUCUCAUAUUGAUGAUGACGGUGACGAAGAGAUGGAAAUUGAUGAGGAAGCUGUUGAGAGGCUCUGUGCAGAAGUGGCUAACCAAUCAGUUGGCUGCACUGGAAGAAAUCCAUCUCAUGUGAGCAAUGUAGAUACAAGUAUUUCUCACUCUGAACAUGUGGUUGAUCAAAUUGGAAGCUCUGAUGUAACUCAGACCCGCACAUCUGGAAGUGGUUUUGUCACAGAACAAGGUUCAGAUGAUACAGAUGUUAAUAUGGAAGAAGAAGUACAUGAUGUUCCUCAGAAGCACGCAUCUGGAAGUAGGUGUAUCACAGAACAAGGUCCUGAUGAUAUGAAUGUCAAGAUGGAAGAAGAAACUACACCGCAGAUAUUUUCUGCUGACACCCCAGACUCCAUGAUUGUUGAUUUUGUUGCUGAAACCCCAGAUAUGACAGGUUCCUCCAAUAGCAAUUUGCUACAUGAAGAGUCAGCCAGUAAAACAGUACCCGAUCACUCUCUGUGUGAAGCUUCCAAACCUGCUGGUGUAGUAACUGAAUACCUUUCAAUUGCAGAUGAGCCCAAUAAAUUACAAAAUGGCUCAGAAAAUUGUGUUUCUCCAAGCCUGAUGAUAGUUCCAUGUGAUGUAACCCAAAUCCUGAAAUCUCCUACUCCCAGUGUUUCACCUAGAGUGAACACCAGCAGGAAAAGCUUGAAAACCUCAUCAAUGAUGACAGCUUCUCAGAAAGAUCUUUUUGAUGGCAGUCAUUCAAGCCCAAAGGUCCAUGUAUCUGUUGAAAACCCUGCUAAAUUAUGCUCCUCUAUUGAUCCUUCAACUCAAACAAGCAAAAACUUUUCAGCACCAGCUGAACAAUUGGCCGCAAGCAUUCGCCAUGGUCUUGAAAUCAUUGGUGGUCACCGCCAUAGUUCUGCUUUGAGGAGAUCAGCAUUCAGGUUUUCACUGAAACCUUCAGAGUCUAGGCAGAUUUUGCCAGUUCCCAAAAUUGAUGCUGGUGUACAAACUGUGGAUGAACCGGAAGAAGAUUCAGCGAACUAUAUCUGUAAUAAUUGCAAGAACAUAAUAGAACUAGAGGGUGAAGGGGCUAAUGAACUUUUGAAUAUGGAAUUAGUACCUGUGGAUGCAUCAGAGCUUGCUGACAAAUCCAGGAUGCAGGUUCCCAAAGCUGUAGAGAAGGUGUUAGCCGGAGCCAUUCGCAGAGAAAUGGCAUUAGAAGAUGUAUGUGCCAAGAAAGCUUCUGAGAUAAUGCAGCUCAAUCGUUUGGUGCAACAGUACAAGCAUGAGCGUGAAUGCAAUGCUAUUAUAUCCCAGACAAGGGAAGAUAAGAUUCUUCGCCUUGAGAGCCUUAUGGAUGGUGUUUUACCCACUGAGGAGUACAUGGAGGAAGAGUUAGUGUCCCUCACACAUAAUUAUAAGCUUUUGAAGGAGAAAUAUGAUAAUCAUCCAGAGCUUUUGAGGACGAAGAUCGAGUUGAACAGAGUUCAAGAUGAACUGGAAAACUUACGUAACUUUAAUGAUAUGGGUGAACGAGAAGUUUUGCUGGAAGAGAUUCAAGAUUUAAGAAGCCAGCUAAAGUUUUAUGUGGACUCUUCAUCCGCAUCAUCCCGCACACGAAACUCUAUGCUGAACUUGACCUAUUCUUGCGAGCCAAAGUUGGCCCCUCUUAGCACAAUUAAAGAGUCAACUGAGGAAAGUGUUGAGCAGAAAUUUGAACAGGAGAGGAAACAGUGGACUGAGGUUGAGAGUAUGUGGAUUUCUCUUUCAGAUGAAUUAAGGAGUGAACUUGAGGCAAGCAGAUCACUGGUUGAGAAGACGAAGCAGGAGUUAGAAACGGAGAAGAAAUGUGCUGAAGAGGUCAAGGAAGCAAUGCAACGGGCAAUGGAGGGGCAGUCGCGAAUGUUGGAACAGUAUGCAGAUUUGGAAGAGAAACAUAUGGAACUUCUUAUAAGGCAUAGGAAGAUCUGGGAUGGAGUGGAAGAUGUAAAGAAAGCAGCUGCUAAGGCAGGCGUUAAGGGUGCUGAGUCCAAGUUUAUAAAUUCUCUCGCUGCAGAAAUUACAGCUCUGAGAUUAGAAAGAGAAAGAGAGAGGAGAUAUUUGAGGGAUGAAAAUAAAGGGCUUCAAGCUCAAUUACAGGAUACUGCUGAAGCUGUAGAGGCGGCAGGUGAGUUGCUGAUACGACUCAAAGAAGCUGAUGAGGCUGUUGCUAUUGUACAGAGGCAAGCUACAGAGGCCAAGCAAGAAGCAAACAAGGCUUACAUCAAAAUUGAAAAAUUGAAGAAAAAACAUGAGAACGAGAUGAGCAAUGUGAAUGAGCUCCUUGCUCAGUCUCGUUUACCAAAAGAACCGAUCCAACCUGCUUAUGAUGAAGAUUCUCAUAUCGCAAAAUAUGACGUAGGUGAGCCCCAGAGUUUAAGUGAUCAGCAGUGGAAAGAAGAAUUCAAGCCAUUCUACAAUGGGGAAGAUGGCGGCGAGUUACAAAAACUUGCUGAACCAUCAUCAUGGUUCUCUGGUUACGACAGAUGCAACAUAUAGGAAAUCAAGGUCAUCUGGAUACAUAGUGUAUGUAGGUACGACUAACAGUUUGUGUUAAAUUGUAUCUAGAAUCUCAGAUUCUUCCAUAACAAAGUGAUUGUCUGUUGUAUUCUUUCAUUCCUGGAAACGUUAGGCGAUG